AUGGUGAACGCCGAUCUUUUGACCCAACACGCCUCCAACUACAAGCUCACCAAGGACAACGCCGCCGAAUAUUUCGUUCAGUCAGUUUUUUUUUUUCGAUUGUACCUUAUUUUUCUAAAAAUACAGACUUUUCACGAAGCACCCAGAGCUCGCCGAGCACUGGAACGCCGAUGGGAUCGACCCUGACAGCUUGGCCAAGGUAACUUUUGAUCAAAUCAGAGUGCAAAAUCCCUAUUUUAGGCCCAAAGAUUCAUCAUGCUGGGCAUGCAGGAGAUGCAACUGUUUUUCAGGUCAGUCGAAAAAAAAAGGAAAAUUUUGAAUAAAAUUCGUUUCUCGCUCUCUUUUCCAUGGGCUUUCCAAAUUUGAAUGUUUACCUAACAGGAAUGAAAAAAUCUCGCUGAGCGGGAAGAGGAGAAAAUUCGAAAAAUUGGGGGAAAAAAAAGGCGAAGUUCAAAACUUUUACAAGCUUCAUCCAUGGUCCCCCACACACUUGCAAAUUUUUUAGAACACAAAUUUUUAAUUUCUUUUCUUGAACUCAAGAUUUUCAACCAAAAUUUUUGAGGGGAGAGUUUCUUUGCUCCUACAAAAGCCCGGAAAGUGUCAUAAUGUAAAUCUCAUCAUCAAGUUUCAUCGUUCAUCCGUAAUUUCUAACAAUUUGGAGUCAAAAAAAUCGCUUUUUUGUGGCGGUGACAUUCAAAAUUUUGAAGAACGCCGAGCAUCCAAAAGAAAAAAAUUUCACCAAAUUUUCUUGGUGACACCUAUAUUUUUCGUUCUACUGAAAUUCCAAAUUUGAAAGUUCACCCAACAGGAAGAAGAAAAACUUUGAAAAACAUCCAACACUUUUACGAGCUUAAUCCAAGGAUCACAAGAUCACAAAAAAAUUUGAAAAUCUUAAUUUUCCCGUCCUGACACUACAAGAACCCAAAAACUCGGCUUUUCUCGCACCUUGUUCCACUGACUUUCCAAAUUUCAAUGAUCACCGAGCAGGAGGAAGCAGAAAAAAUAGGAGAUAUAGUCUUUAGCCGGAGCAAGUGGCCCUCGAGUGGGUUUUUGUUUCUCACGUGGCCAUGACUCCGCGCCACUUUAAACUGUACCUUUCUUCCGCGAAAAAGAUUUUCGAUCGGAGGCCUCUUGGCAAACAUCCAGGAGGCCCUUCACGCUGUGUUAUGAUCUAUAAACUCGAAAGUGCGGCGGUUUCGGAUUUCAACCGAAAAAAAAAGCUACGUGCUCUGGAAGAGAUCAGCGUAAAAAGUUUCGGAUUUCGGGGGAAAAAAGUCCAAAAGCUCAAGGCAAAGGUCGUUCCGAUGAAGGCUUCAAAUGGGCUUCAAAAAAAGAUGAGAUCGUCUUCAAAAUAAUGAAUCAGUAGAUGAUAAAAUUGAUCAAAAACCUUCCGUGAAAACUUUAGAAAUGACAAGUCGGGAAAUUUUAUUCCAAGUUUCUCUUUCUCGCGAAAACCAUUACCUAUACGUUUCUCAACUAUUUUAAUUGUGAAAGAAUUCAAAAAAAGCCAUUCUUGAAAAAAGCCAUUCCUCACUAUGUAAACAACUUGAAAUAGAUUGAAAUUCAAAAUGUCUGAAUUCAACUGAAAAUAUCCGCAUUUCGAGAUUUUUUCACGCUUCUUUUCAAAAAUGCGCAAUUAAUAAAACAGACUAUCUCGAGAAAAAUCCAAAAAUUCGAAAAAAAAAAGCUUCAAAAUACCGAGCAGUCUUCGUUUUGAAGCUUAGCCAGUUCAGAGAUAAAAGUCCUAGUUAUCUUGCAGAUGACCUAAAAUUGGUCAGAUUGUAGAUUCUGAUCGUUUAAAACUUGAAUCAGAUUGAAAAUCGCAUUUUUCAAUGGAUGGGAGAGGUUGCGCCGAAGUUCGGGAGGGUACGCCAAAUAAGGGGGAGGGUGCGCCGAGAAGGCGUAAGGGUGCGCCGAGAAAGAAGAAGGGUGCGCCGAGAAGGCAGGAGGGUGCGCCGAACUUCAGGAGGGUGCGCCAAGAGGGUCAGGUUCACGUAUGCUUUUACAUAUAAAGUCAUUUUUGAGCCAAUUUCGGAUCAAGCCUCUUGGCAAACAUCCAAGAGGCCCUUCACGCUGUGUUAUGAUCUAUAAACUCGAAAGGCGGUUUCGGAGUUCAACCGAAAAAAAAGCUGGAAGAGAUCAGCGUAAAAAGUUUCGAAUUUUGGGAGGGGGGGCAGUUCAAAAAGCUCAAGGCUUCAAAUAAAAAAAUGAGAUCGCAUUCAAAAAUAAUGAAAUAGUAGAUGAUAAAAUUGAUCAAAAACCUUCCGUGAAAGCUUUAAAAAUGACAAGUCGAGUAAUUUUUUUCCACGUUUUUUUUUCUCUCGCUAAAACCAUUACUUAUACGUUUCUCGACUAUUUUAAUUGUGAAAGAAUUCAAAAAAAGCCAUUCUUGAAAAAAGCCAUUCCUCACUAUGUAAACAAUUUGAAAUAGAUUGAAAUUCAAAAUGUCUGAAUUCAACUGAAAAUAUCCGCAUUUCGAGAUUUUUUCACGCUUCUUUUCAAAAAUGCGCAAUUAAUAAAACAGACUAUCUCGAGAAAACUCCAAAAAUUCGAAAAAAAAAAAGCUUCAAAAUACCGAGCAGUCUUCGUUUUGAAGCUUAGCCAGUUCAGAGAUAAAAGUCCUAGUUAUCUUUCAGAUGACCAAAAACUGGUCAGAUUGUAGAUUCUGAUCGUUUAGAACUUGAAUCAGAUUGAAAAUCGCAUUUUUCAAUGGAUGGGGGAGGGUGCGCCGUGUAAGGGGAGGGUGCGCCGAAGUUCGGGAGGGUACGCCAAAUUUCGGGAGGGUGCGCCAAGUGGGUCAGGUCAUAGGAAAAAAAAAACACGAGAAUGCAUUUUUGACAACCAAUUUUGGAUCAAGCCUCUCUGAAAAAUGUUCAAGUUCCCAUUUAACAACCAAUUUUUCAAUUUUGCAAUAUUUUUUCAAAGAUUACAAAUAAAAACUGACCGGAUCAUUGCAGACUGCCGAAGACGAUCGCCGACGAACGACAAUGGCGGUCGGCCCUGAGCGGAGUCAAGGAAAGCUUCGGCGACAACGAUUGCUCCUUGAAAGAGUUCAAUGUAAGCAAAAAAGAUGAUUUCAUAAAAAAGUGAUAUAUUAGUUUAUUUCGUUUCGGAUCUUAAAAUACGUCAUCAGAUUUUACAAAAAUGCCGAAAAAAGUCAUAUUCUAUUAUUAGAUUUUUCAGAUCAAAAAUCUCAACUUUUUAGAAACGAAGCCCUAAAAUCAAAAAAAUUGGACUUUUUUUAGGAAAUUAUUCUUAACUUUUAACACUUCACUUGAACUAGAAAAACCUAUAAAUAAAAAAACUAAACAACAUAUAAAUAAUCUUUUUCAACUUCUCAAUUUUUUUGAACGAACUAUCAUGGAAUAAACUUCAAUUCUAUAGAUUUGAGCUUCUUAAAAAAAUUUAUUUUUUUCUUCGAUUCGAUACAUAAAAAAAGACGUUUCUUUGGAAACCUCACUAAAAAAAUUCUAAAAAGUGUUAGGAAAAAAAAACUUUCGAGCGCUUUUUCUAAGCCUUAGAGGAUCCGUUAUGAUCCCCUGUGAUUUUUCAGUUUCCAGAAAAUUUUUGUUCGUAGGUGUGACAAUACGCAAGAGUUGAAAAAGAUCUGUUGGGGAUCUUCGAAAAAUCGUCGAUUGAAAAAAAUUUUUAGGAGCUUUUCCAUGUUUCCCUAGUGAAGGAAUAAUCAUAACGACUCAUUUCAAAAUCAAAAAAAACGAUUUCAGAAAGUGAGCGACGCGUUUUUGGCGGCAAUGGAGAAGCAUGCGGGUGGCGUGACGGCCGAACAGAAAAAAGAGUGGAAUUCGCUUUUCGACAAGGCCUACGCCGACAUGAAGACCUGGGGAUGGUACUGA